AUGAAGCUCUCGGUUGCUAGUAUUACUCUUUUCCUCGCCGCCACUGUUAUGGCUGGUCCCCCAAACAAAGAUUGGAAGCGGGCUGAAACAGAUGCUGCCCUCCCUGGCCCACCAAACGAAGAUUGGAACAAAGAUUGGAAGCGGGCUGAAACAGAUGCUGCCCUCCCUGGCCCACCAAACGAAGAUUGGAACAAAGAUUGGAAGCGGGCUGAAACAGAUGCUGCCCCUGGCCCACUAAACGAAGAUUGGAACAAAGAUUGGUAG